GUGUAAGUCUCUUGCAAAAUUAAAAUCUAAGAGUAUACACAUCUUCUUAAACUUAAGACUACUUCUCGUGUACUAUCUCGAUUGUAAUUUUAUUGUUUAUCAUGAUAGAUUUACAAAAGCACACGAAUCCCUUUUUUUCAGGCGGAACUCAUCCGCUGGAAAGAAAAAAAACAUCUACUUCAGAUAUACACAAACGUCCUCAAAUAAGUGGUACAAUUAUUACUCUAUGCAUAUAGCGUCGCGCGUGUAAGCGCGCGCGCGCGCGCCUAUCGGUUGCAAAACUUUUAAUAUUUAAACGAGUGCAUGAGUCGUAUAUCGAUUUCGACACCGUAAAGAAGGUAAUCUCUUUGGAGAAGACAAGUCUGCCUAUAGAGUUAUCUGUUGUUGUCGCAUUUGUUGCGCGUCGUUACCUCAGAGUUUUCAGAGGAAAGCUCUUCUCGAGUUCGUCGAGAUUUACGUUUUACUUGCACGAGAUAUCUUACUUGUGCCACGCGUUAUUUUUCAACGACAAAUUGCUCGAACGUUGGGGAGCUUUCCGACUUCUUCCUUGAUAUUUCCUCGAAAAAUGUCGAGGAAUCGAGAGGAUCAUUUAUUACAAUUUUCCAAUCUUCAGCGUUACGCGUCUCUGCAUUUAAUCGUCGAUUUAGAAUUCUAUUAAACUUCCUCUGAGUUUAGCUGAAGCGUAUAGUUGUUCAUCGUAAAUUGCAAUCGAUUUCGCUUUCCGAAUUUCCGCUCGUUGAAAAGAGCCUUCUUUUCGGUCACUAAUCAUAAUUCGAGAAUCGCUAGGGAAUACCUCGAAUUGAGACCGAAGGGGGAAAUGAUGGGGAAGAAGGAAGAAUGGGAACACAAAUGGAUUUUAAUUGCCACAAACCGAAUCGCCGCUGCGUUGAUUAUCAGGCUUGCAAAGUGCAUCUGUCGGAACUAUUGAAACGACGAUAGAGAUCUCCAUGUCGCGCACAUACGCGUCGCUAUGAAUGAUCCUGCCCAUUAUAGCUGUAGCUAACGAUAACGAAGGAUUCCUGCCGUUUCCCUGCUUUCCUUCGUGAGAAGAACGGAAACGAGACGAUGAAAGUCUGUAAGCUAAGUAUUAAAUAAAAUGACACAAACGAAACCGAAAUGCUCACUUUGCGAACAAAUUUACCGGAUCUCUCGAAUCUUUCCCGCAUCCCGGAACACCUCUAAAUUCCUGCCGAAAUACGAGAGAGAGAGAGAGAGAGAGAGAAUGAGAGAGAGAAAGAGAGGAUUGAAGGAAUAAGUGAUAUUGCGCUUUUAUUCAUUCGCGAUUUUGACGUUAAACGUUGGAAUGACAUGAUAGUUAUUGACAUGCGAACGGAACGGCGUACGCGGUAGCGAAAAACAUACACGACGCACGAUAUAUCUCUGUUUGUAACGGUUUAGGAAUAUCACUAUAUUUAUGGCAAAAUUUACUACGACGUGUAAGGAUACAUUUGCUCGGAAGGGUCGGAAUUAUAGGGGACAGGCACAAGGAGGGACACGGAGAUACGGUGUAUCGCGGUCAUGGCUUAUAUAUCGCGUCCUGUUACCGAAUCGAUGCGAUCUUCAUCCCCCUUAGCCUGCCCGCCACGGGAAAAUGUGUAUUCGUGAAAGGAGAAGUCAAGUCGCACACAAAAGACCGUCGUACGAUGAGGAAAUCGUUACUAUGUAACUACUAUAUUUACUGUAAAAUUAUUAUUAUUAUUAUUAUUAUUAUUAUUAUUAUUGUUAUUACAUCGCCGCUGUUUCUGCGAUUACUACAGUAGUUAUUUUAUCUAAAAGUUAAAAGCUUUUCUUAUUGCGAUUUCUCUAUUGUACCACUUAUACAACUUGAUGCACGAAUUUUUCGAGAAUAAAUAUUUAUGAAACGCUCCAUUCUUAACGAAUGAUUGUUCUUCUACGUUUUCAGAAAAUCCCCGAACUCCGCUCCACGAAGCGAAUUACCUAUUCACGCGCGCUUUACCUUAUCCAUUUAUUACGAAGUUUUAUUCGCCUCCAAGAUCUGGUCGGUCCGUACGUCGUUUGAGUAAUCUCAUGUUGUUUUUACGUCGAUGUUUCAAAUCGUAAAGGGCUGGAGAAAAAAAAAUCUCGAUUUCGCCGAUCAGUUUUAUCGAAGGCAAAGAGAGCUCGUCGCAGUUACUGUCUCGUCGAUAAAUCUCGACGAGCUCAGAAUUCAGAAUCGUCGAGACUUCGUAUUCGAUACCGUUGUUAUUCUUUUUCCUUUCUCUACCCGGAACGGUCUCCUGGCGGAACUUGGCUGCAUCGACUGCGGGCCAGAGGGCGGAUGCAAUGACGUAUCGACCGGCCCGAGGUCAACCGGGGUCACCAAAGUUCAUAGCACGUUUGGCGCAAAAGUAACCGGUGUCAGUUCGUACCGCAGGACGCUGCCAAAAAGCGUUUGCUUUCAUAUCGCUCCCAUUCUGGAUUAUCGAAAGGUUAUCAUCGUCAACGACGCGUAAGAAAUAGUUCGAUACCACGAAAUAGCAAAAUUCGGAGAUAUUUUUUGGUAAUUUCGCGCAAAACGGUGUUCUCGAAAUAAUGCUGAGACAAAUGAUUAAGAUAGCAAAUGUUUAUGAAAAUUUUAGUAGUAAAGUGAGAAUAUUGACUUGAUUACAUUGCGUCAAACUGUAUUUUUACGAGAAAAAUGAUACGUAAAUUUGCUGUGUCUCUAAACUUCGCUGUUUAAGGUCUCGAUAUCAAAUGAGAAUAGCUAAUUGUUUGCUAGCUUGUUGGAAUAUUAUUUUUUGCGAAACAGGAAGCUAUUUCUCAAGUUUUGAUCUUAUCUUACAUUUUUGUGUUGUUAUCUUGUUUAUCGAAUUUUUAUCUUAUAUAUCUUAUAUUUUUAGCGUUCUUAUCUUAUCUUAUAUUUUUAUGUGUAUUGCCUAGAUUUAUUGAAUGCUGUAAUGUUAUAUUUCUACCUUGUGUAAAAUUAUCUUGAAAGAACGAAGCGUGCAAACAUCUUUUUUUAAUCACCUGUAUAUUUCGUUCACGAGAGAAAAGAUUCAUAAAUUAUACGUAUAAAAUAAAUGCAAAUGUAUUCGCUUGCGACGCUUCGCAAUUUCAGUAAUUGAGUCUAGUAUCGAAAAACCGAUAUUAGACUCGACGAUUGGAACAAUUAAACGCUAGUCAAGAUAUCGCACUCUGUUAGUUAAUAUCUCAAUGAUUAUAUCUACGAGAAAUUCGGAUGAUUGGUGCUAUGCCAGCGGUGGCUGUCCGUCACGAGCGUAGGAGGCAAGAAAAAAGGCUAAAGCGGCCGAGUCAGCUCUAUUUGGGAGGGCAGUGGUUACCACCACUUCAGGGUUCGCCGCCCACCCCCAGUCCGCACGGGCACAACAAUCUCGAGCCCUUGCCCGAGCUCUACUUAUGCGGCAAGAUAUCCGGGCUGCACGCCGUGGUGGUGUGCCUGUUGUUGGGCGCGGUGGUGCUCGUGGUUGGUCUCGUCCAACUCGUCCCGGGUGCAACGACCACCAACCACAGGUUGGCGUUACUUGUGGCAGGCGCUGCCCUACUUAUACUGGGUUUUAUCUUGGCAGGCGUGAGAUGUUACGUGUUACAUUGCAUGCCGCUUCCGGUCGAGUCGCCAGUCGCGACGCCGAUUCCACCACCGGCGAGCGAGCAGACGCCCGCCGUGCCUAAGGGCACCCUGGACCUUCUAGUAGGUCAUCAAAGCCAGCCGGAGACCGAUGCUCUGAUGCAGCAUCGGGAGCACCAUCACCAUCACCAACAUCAUAGUUACCAUCAUCACAACAACCACAAGAAGAAACGUAGUUCUCAGGGCUCGCAUUCCGAAGAGGCCUAAAACAAACGAACGAACGAACGAACGAAAAGACAAAGGGUGAAAUGAGGGAAAGGGAUUAUCAGUUUCGUUCGACGAUCGCGCGAAAAUCGAGUUUGCCGCAGAGGAUCACUCAAGUGAUUUUUCCAAAUAGAUAAAAACGCGACUCGCGCGAGCGUCGAACGAAAGGAAUGCACUUUUACAUGUAAAAUGUAAUUUGGAGUAAUUUACAUGUGAAAACGCGGGACAUGUUUCUUCUCGUAAGAAAAACGGAAGUAACGUUCUCUUAGCAGAAAUAUAGAGCGAAAAGUUUAUACUAUCGGAACGAGUCUAUGAGAUUUCGACUUUUGACAUUCUUUUUUUAACGAGGAAAACUGCUAAUCAGGUUUUGACGAAAUAUCGGCAAAAUCCUAGUUACGUAUAUUGGUAUCCUAUAUACAUAUGUUAAAAAAAACAACCUAACUACACAGUAAAAAAUAUUUUGUAUUCGUGUUAAAAUCGGCCUUUGUUAAAAUGUUUUGUGUUGAAUUUUUAACAUAUUCAAAUAUUAAUUUAACAUAAUGUGAUUGAAUUAUUUGAAUAUUUUACGUUAAGUUGAUAUUCAAUACGUUUUAAUGUUAAAAUAACAUAAUUUAUGAGUAAAUGAACAAGUAACAUAAAAAUAAUGUAAUUUCGAAACGUAAAUUAUAAUUUAACAAAAUAAAAUGAUAAACGAGUAAAAAUGCACGUGUCAACAUAUUAUAAAUAAAUUUUACUCGCGAAAUGUUUCUAGAAAUUCGUUUCUAAAUUGCAUCAAAGGGUUAGUUUUUAUAUAAUAUUUAUUAUUUUCUAACAUACUUGUCUUUUGUUAAACUAACCCAAAAAUUUAAAUGGACCGUUUAGGACAUGUUAAAUAUGUUAAAUUUAACGCAAAAUUUUUUACUGUGUAAUUUACGUUGCAAAUGUAUAUGCCGAGGCAAGUGCACUUUUCUACCUGAUGUACCGAGGAUUCGAUAUAUCUAACGAUAUUCUUUUAUCACAAGACUUCUAGUGGAGAGAUUUCGUAGAAGAGACAUUUAAUCUAUCGAUUGAUACGGAGUGGUGUAUUAUUAUUAACCAUGCAACCGGAUGACAAUUCUACGGAAGCAACAAUUAGAAAUGCAAUACAAAAUCUUUGCCAUAAAAAAUUCCAAUUCUGAGAAGAUUAUUCAGUCCUGUUAAAAUAAUAAAGUAUAAAUAAAAUAAUUUAAACUCCUGUUUAAAAGUAAUAAAAAAAUAUAAAAAGAUUUUAUUUCGUUAAAAGAAUAUGUUACAUUAGAAUAUUUAUACAUGACUUGGGCUGGUAUUCAUAGUCGAAUCUUAUUUAAAGAUCGUCUCGAGCAAUGUCUUAAGAUACUAAUACAACUCUGUGAUUGGAUGAUGGCAUCUUAAGACAGUACUUAAGAUGAUCUUAAAUAUAAGAUCCGACUAUGAAUACCGGCUUUAGAUACCCGCUAUUGUUGAAUUGAAAGUUACGUGAACUUAUGAAACAGAAAACGGACGUUAUUGAUUUUCUCUCGGUUCUGUUUUCUGCGGAACACGAAAACUUCGUAUAUGACUUUAUUUGGUAUUUUUUAUCUAUCACUCUUAUGUAGAAUAAUCUUCCAGGCCGUAUCGCCAAUGACAUACCACUCUGUAUACAAAUCGUAUUUGCUUCACUCGGUAAACACGUACGGGAAAUCGGUGUAUGGAGAAAGAUGCUGUGUAGAUAUCUACGCGAUUGAUCUCACGCGUUGCCACAUCGAUAUUCCCGACGAAGACCUCGUAGAAAUAACACAUUUAUAUAGAAUUCGAUUUAGAGGAAGAUUAAUCAAGAGGGCAAAAUAAAAGUGGAUGUGGAGGAUCACGAUUAUUAGAAAAAGAAAGGCGAUGUCGAUGUCGAUACUUUAAUAACUUAACUUAGCGAUAAGAUUUUUCCAGCACCCUCGCGCACCAAUUAGCAAAAAACUCGAUGUUACUUCUUCCAGAAAGGUCUUAGCAAAAUCGGGAAACGAAUAGCCACACUCGCGACUGUUAACUAACAAUCUUCGCAGAGCGCGUCACGAAGCGCGCGGUGAUCCAGGAAAACGCGUCUUUUGCAAAGAGUACAUGUAUGUACAUUAUCUUUUUACACUCGAGAUAUAUAUAUAUAUAUAUAUAUAUAUAUAUAUAUUUAUACCUAAGCGAAAUAUUAACAAAAGUUUGUGCCUGCGCGCGGAGAAAGUUUCAUUUGAAUUGAUCAGAUCGUUUUGUGUUCAUUCAAUACUCGAGAUAUAUAAAUUCACUCGUAGGAAUCGACAAAUCGCCAGUGUAGCGAUGCUGAUCCCGUUGCUUUUCUCACGUGAGCAUACGAUUAAUCGUCAUGCCAAUUUGACGACAGGUGUGACAAUACGCACGGGGUACGGUGCAUUAUUGUAAACGUAUGUUUCCCAAGGGGAGAAUAAUUCUCGGCGCGCGGAUACACGUUCGUCUAUUGGGGUCCACUUUCAAGUUAUCACGUGUUGCAAAUUAGAACGCUGUACUAACAAUUACGAGAAAUGUUUUACGAACUGGCGUAUAAUAUUAGAGGACGAUCCCGAUGUCCACGCGCAGCGAGAUGUCGCGGGAUCUCGCGAUCGCAUAUUGCACUUCCUAUGUUCUUUUUUUCACUCAGCAGUCAUUUUAGCCAAUAAUGUAGGAGAUAAAUACACACACACACACACACACAAGUAAAUGUAAAUCUAACAUUAGCGGUCGGUCUGUUGCACUAACGCGUUGCAGUUUUAGUUGACUAUCUUUAGCUGGAUGUUAGCCUUCUCCUUCUCAGAUAUCCUGUUGUAAUAUAUAGCCAAGAAUAGAGAAUUUAAUUAGCCACCGUUUAAAUUAACGUUGGUGCAAUCAGUCCUCCUAAAUAAAAUAUUACAUCUCUCUAAGAACGAGUCUAAAUCCAUGACGUGUAAAUAUAGUAUAGUAGAGUAAACUGUAAAAUAUAAACCGCAAAAGGUUGCGGUAAUCAUCCGACUCGCACAAGCAACAUUUAGCUAUCAUGACAACCUGACUUUCAACACAUUUUAUUUUGCAGUAAAAUAAUGAAAUAACUGUAUCCAAUGUAUAGCUUACUAAAGAUGCAGAAAUUUUUCAAUCUUUUCACGAAAUUUUUUUAUUGUAUUGAAAUAUAAUUGAAACGAUAAGUGCGAGGAUAAGAAUUUCAAGCAAUUUCGACGUAAGGGUUAAAAUGUGGUUACGCAUAGUUUUUAAUUGCGAGUUUUUAACGUAAAUUGGACAUAUUGUUAUUUAACAGCGCUUAAAUUUAAUCGCUAUUAAUAAUUCUCAAAACGUAUACAAAAGUAGUCACUUAUUAUUGAAAGAACUUUUCGCGAAAAGUUAUAAUAAAUAAAAAUUAUUAGUUAAUAUUGCCAUGUUCUAAGUCGAUAAUAUUUAAUUACUAAUUUCAUAUAGUAAUAAUAACUAUCAAAAAAUGAAAAUUUUAACCAGGCUAUAUAUCGGACUUUAGACUAUAAAGGGUUCACUUAUUUUAUUAUAAAUUAUGUACACAUACACGCACACGCACACACAUACAUACACGCACGCACGCACGCAUAAUUUUUCUCGAUCAUACUGCCUGAUUUUCACAUGAUGCUCACAAGGUUAUUAUAACUCAAAAAGAACAAAAAGUCAUUGUGACAUCAAAAUAAUUCCAAAAUGAUUAUUAAAAAUUGCUUUUUGAUCAAUCAUUCAUUUUUACGUCACUUUGACGUUAUUGUGACCUAUUGUUCUACUUGGAAACUCAUAACAAAAAUUUGCUUGCAUUAUAUGCAAAAAAAGGAUUGAUAGAACUUUGCGUGGCACACAUUGCUAAUGCGCCUUUCCGGCAUUUAUUCGAGAAAGUGAAAUAUAUAUAAAAAAAAGAGAUCACGCCAUGUGCUAACAAUUUAAGGGUCGCGAUUAUAUUAUAAGAUGCCAUCUAAUACACUUUUAUGCAUUACUCAUCGCAUCAUCACGUAUAUUACAUAUCGCUAUCUCUUUCUUUUUUAUACGUAUAAGUUGACGCGUGUUGUGUAAUGUCCCCUAUUAGACGAAAUAGUUAAGAAAGCGUUAGCGUGUAUGUACAUAGCACUUGGUGCAAACUGGCGAUAACCGUGUCUCGAAAGUAGCUAUAUAUAUAUAUAUAUAUAUAUAUAUAUAUAGAACGCGUAGAACGUAGAUUCAUAUAUUCAUUUAGAAAAGUUCUCUCUUUACACGUAACAAAUAGAUAUAUACAUACAUACAUACAUACAUACAUACAUACAUACAUACAUACAUACAUAUAUAUACAUAUAUAUAUACAUAUAUAUAUAUAUAAUAUAUAUAGACGUUGUUAGUUGUUUCGAUUGUUACUGUUUCCGUUACUCUUUUUCGUUAGAAAGCUCGAAUAAUAGGUGCCAAUCGUAGCGAAUAUGUACAAAAACAAAAAAAGUGAAAAACAAAGAAAAACGGUACUAUCAAUGCUUGUUACGCGCAUCUUACGGGGAUUACUAAUUAAUUUUAGCGCGCGUUCACGAGGUACGUCGAGUGCGUAUCCGUGAUACAAGGAAAACGAAUCCACCCGAAGGUUCAUCAUCCGAUUGUGGUCGAAGUGAACGAACAACGAGAAUACCAUUGUGGUAUCAGGCGCUCGCGCCCACGAUAGAUAAAUUAUUCGGUAUCCCAGCGAUGGUCCAGCGCGCCUGCCUUGUUUCUGCGUUGCGUUCCUGCGUCGCAUUUAUAUGCUUAAGAAUUGCUUUUUUUUUUAAUUAUAAAUUGCAAGCGUCAUUUCGGCAGUUCUCCACUCUUUGGACGAAGUCGAGGUCUUCGUAGACCACGUUUUGUGAUCCGCACAACUGAACGCUUGAAGGCUAACAGGCAUGACAUAAAUACAAACGAACACACACAGAAACAGACAGAUACAAAUAAGAUUAAAUAUAUCAUUCUUUUAUA